GCUAACAGAAAAAUGGUCACCACUUCCACCGCUGCUCAAUCGCUGCAUAAAGGAGUGAUAAAUUUGAACUGAAAUACAAUUAUACAAACGCGAAGCCUGCCAAUGGUUCCCGAGAUCACACCCACUUGUCAUUCCCCACUGAUUUAUUUUGGGGAUUCCUCCUUCGACGAGCCUCUAUAUCUCCAUCUCCUCCUUCUUUUUCAUCGUCCCCCACGAUCACCAAAGAAUGCCACAGAUGGCGACGGCGGCAAAUCCGCGAUGCUUUCUCGAUAUGAGUAUCGGGGGAUUGUUGGAGGGACGGAUCGUGGUGGAGCUCAACGCUGCUGUGGCCCCCAGAACGGCCGAGAAUUUUAGGGCCCUUUGCACCGGGGAAAAGGGAAUCGGUCCAAACACUGGCGUCCCCCUUCAUUACAAGGGUGUACGAUUUCACCGUCUCAUUAAAGGUUUUAUGAUUCAAGGUGGGGAUAUAUCUGCAGGUGAUGGAACUGGUGGAGAAUCCAUUUAUGGACUCAAGUUUGAUGAUGAGAAUUUUGAAUUGAAGCAUGAAAGAAAAGAUGGGAAGCAUGUUGUCUUUGGAAAGGUAGUAAAGGGUAUUGGAGUGGUUCGUGCAAUUGAGCAUAUUUCGGCGGGAGAUGAUGAUUGUCCCAAUAUUGAAAUCGUUAUUGCUGAUUGUGGAGAAAUUCCAGAAGGAUCUGAUGAUGGAAUUUCAAAUUUCUUCAAAGAUGGUGAUAUGUAUCCUGAUUGGCCUGCUGAUCUUGAUGAUAAACCUAGUGAAAUAUCUUGGUGGAUGAUUGCUGUGGAAUCGGCCAAGGCUUUUGGGAAUGACUAUUUCAAGGUUUACUUCAUAAGAUUCUUCCAUUUUUAUAGGAGUUAUUUUCUACUUUUACUU